AUUUAAGAGAAAAUACAGCUGGGUUUUCUACAGAGCUUUAAUAUAAAGUUUAUUAUUAGUUUAUUGAUCAGAAAAGCUUAAUUAAAAAAAUGGUAGAUGCUUUCUGUGGCACAUGGAAACUGGUCAGCAGUGACAACUUUGAUGAGUAUAUGAAAGCUCUAGGUGUUGGGUUUGCAGCAAGACAAGUUGGAAAUGUGACUAAACCGACGCACAUCAUCUCGAAAGAGGGAGACAAAGUGGUCCUAAAAACACAGAGUACUUUCAAUAACACUGAGAUCUCAUUCAAACUGGGAGAGGAGUUUGAUGAGACCACCGUAGAUGACCGACACUGUAAAUCCACUGUGGUGAUGGAUGGAGACCAGCUUGUUCAUGUGCAGAAGUGGGAUGGAAAAGAGACCACCCAUGUCCGGGAGAUCAAAGAUGGGAUGAUGGUGAUUAAACUGACUUUGGAGGACGUGGUGGCUGUGCGGAACUAUGAAAAAGCAUAAGUUUUGGGAACAUGAGGAUUUGUCCUUCUCCAGGCAGCAACAUAAACGAUGUGCUUUGAUGCUUUACAGAAAGAAAAACUUUGCACUUCAUUCCUCCAGAUCUAUAAAAGCAUGGACUACAAAUGUUUUUGAUCCAUUUUGAAUAGCCUACUUUUAAGUCACUACGAUUCAUUUGUAAUAAACAACCAGACAAAAUAAA